GUCUCCACUACCCCCAGCCCCCACCGCCCUCAGAAAAAGAAAAGAAAAGAAAAAAGAACCAUUUUUUUUCCCCUCCUGCCCCUAAUUUCUUCCAAUUUAAUCCCCCGAUCAAAUCUCCAGAGCCAUCAACCUCUUAUUUACGCCCUCUUUUCAAUACCAGGAUCAAGAACAAAACCCGGUCAAUCUCUUCUUGUCAUGAUUCCCGUCCCCCACCACUGACCCCCUCCUUCUAAGCCAAGCAACACCCCUGGAAACCAUUCACCAGUCGCCAUAAAAGCUAUCAGCAGGGGCGAGAGAGUGAGCGGCGGAGAUGGCGGACUUGGAGGGGGAGAGGGGCGGCGGCGGCGGCGGCGGCGGCGGCGGCGGCGGCGGCGGCGGUGGUGGUGGUGGCAACGGCAAAAGCAGGGGCGGCGGCGCAGGCGGGGCGGGGGCGCCGUACUUAUACGACGUGCCGGAGACGGAGGAGAGGCCGUGGGUGCCGUGGGUGGUGCCGCUGAUCGUGAUAGCGUGCGUGGCGGUGUUCGUCGUGGAGAUGUACGUCAACAACUGCCCCGACGACACGCACCGGACCGGACCGUGCGUCGCCCGCUUCCUCCACCGCUUCUCCUUCCAGCCCCUCCAUGAGAAUCCCCUCCUCGGACCCUCGGUCGCUACAUUGAAGAAAUUGGGAGCUCUUGACUGGAACAAAGUGGUUCAUCAGCAUCAGGGAUGGAGGCUUGUUGCUUGUAUCUGGUUGCAUGCUGGCCUUAUCCAUUUGCUUGUAAAUAUGCUGAGCCUUGUUUUUGUUGGAAUUCGCCUCGAACAGCAAUUUGGAUUUGCACGGAUUGGUGUCAUAUACCUUCUAUCAGGGUUUGGUGGGAGUGUUCUUACAUCUCUUCUGUUACAAAAUAACAUUUCUGUUGGUGCUUCUGGUGCUUUGUUUGGACUUCUUGGAUCAAUGCUAUCAGAACUCAUCACAAACUGGACCAUCUAUUCCAACAGGGUUGCAGCUUUAUUAACUCUUGUGUUUUUGAUUAUUGUCAACUUGGCCAUUGGAAUAUUUCCGCAUGUUGAUAUGUUUGCCCAUAUAGGGGGGUUCUUAACGGGUUUUCUCAUCGGUUUUAUUUUGUUGAUCCGGCCUCAGUUUGGUUGGAUGGAACGUCAAGAUCUGCCCCCUUCAAGUCAGGUCACUUCCAAAUACAAAGCAUAUCAGUAUGUGUUGUGGGUGAUCGCAUUGCUUUUGAUACUAGCCGGAUUUGCAGUUGGUUUGGUAAUGCUUUUCAGGGGAGUGAACGGCUACGAUCAUUGCCACUGGUGUCACUAUCUGAACUGUGUACCCACAUCAAAGUGGAGCUGCGACAAUUGAAAAAAUAGGUUUUUGAGGAAAGCCAUGUUUGGAAGAACAGUAAAAUUAUCACACUUCAGUGUCUGAUAAUACUUCAAUACAUCUGUACAUAGUUUAGAAGCUGAUUGCUCUUUCAUUUACUUUUCAGUGUUCUCAGAGUGAUUUGUUACAUGUGCCUUCCAUCAGACUGAAUGUUGUACUUCUUAGCUACCAUUAUUUAUGAUCCUUUUGGAUUUGAUAGUUUUGCCAGCACAACCAAAAUGUGAUAUCUUCAGAA